AUCAAUCUGUCAAACAUAAAAUAGAAAAAAAAGAAAAUUCUUCACCGCACCGCAAGUUUCUUGUGCUGCUUUGUUCUUAUAAAUUAAAUAACUCUUCUCAACAAAUUCAAUUUCAACAAAAUGCCUAUUGAAAACCUCGAAGAACAAGGCCUUGAAAAGAAUCCCAACUUGGAUUUGGCCCAAUACAAGUUUCUAUUAUCUCUCGGCGAACACAAAAACGAUGUCGCCAUCAAGACAAAGCUCCUCGAUGCCAUCAAAGCCGAUAACAUGGCUCCAUUUUAUGAACUCGUCUGUUCCGAACUCAAUUGGCCAGUGGACAAAGAUCUACUUGCUCGCAUGAAGGAAAACAAUAAGACUGAGUUGGAAAAGCUAGACGCAGCAAUCGAGGAUGCCGAGAAAAGUCUUGGUGAAAUGGAAGUGCGUGAAGCAAAUUUAAAAAAGUCAGAGUUUUUGUGUCGCAUUGGAGACAAAGUUGCUGCAGAGUCAGCAUUCCGAAAGACAUACGAGAAAACUGUUUCGUUGGGUCAUCGAUUGGAUAUUGUUUUCCAUUUGAUUCGUUUGGGUUUGUUCUAUUUGGAUCAUGAUCUCAUUACUCGCAACAUUGACAAAGCAAAGUAUCUCAUCGAAGAAGGUGGUGAUUGGGAUCGUCGAAAUCGCUUGAAGGUUUAUCAAGGAAUUUACUCUGUGGCAAUUCGUGACUUCAAAGCUGCCGCUGAAUUCUUUUUGGAUACUGUCAGCACAUUUACAUCUUACGAACUAAUGGACUAUCCUACCUUCGUUCGCUAUACUGUCUAUGUCUCCAUGAUUAGUUUGCCGCGCAACGAAUUAAGAGACAAAGUUGUGAAAGGAGCUGAAAUCCAAGAAGUCCUACACGGUUUACCCGAUGUCAAGAAAUAUCUAUUCUCAUUGUACAACUGCCACUAUGCUGAAUUUUUCCAACAUCUGGCUGAAGUUGAAAUUAUUUUCCGAAAUGAUUAUUUGGCCAAUCCUCAUUAUCGUUUCUAUGUUCGCGAGAUGCGUAUUCUAGCUUAUACUCAGCUCUUGGAGUCAUAUCGUUCAUUAACCCUCCAAUACAUGGCUGAAGCAUUUGGUGUUGAUGUAGAUUACAUCGAUCAAGAAUUGUCACGUUUCAUUGCAGCUGGUCGCUUACAUUGCAAAGUGGAUCGUGUUGGCGGAAUUGUGGAAACAAAUCGUCCCGACAACAAGAACUGGCAAUAUCAGGCUACCAUCAAGCAGGGAGAUUUAUUACUUAAUCGCAUACAAAAAUUGAGUAGAGUUAUUAAUAUUUAGAUUUACAGCUAUUUAAUGUACCCCAUUUUGCGUAUUUUGUAUUAACAUAAUUUGAACAAUAAACACAUUAACUUGAAA